AUGGAUAUCAGUGAGGUGACUGAGAAGCUCAGGUCAGAAUUGACUUGUCCUCUUUGCUUGAAUCUCUUUACUGAAGCAGUGACUCUUGACUGCGGACACAGCUUCUGCAUAAGUUGUGUCAUUCACAGCUGGACACAGCCCCCAGGCCCAUGGGUCUGCCCGCUUUGCAAGGCAAGCACUAGUCCCAGCCUCUUAAAGCGCACCCAGCUCCUGCAGGACCUAGUCAGCAUCAGCAGAAAGCUGAGACCUCCCGGGCCAGGUGAUGAGGACUAUCAGGUCAACUGUAACCAACACCAAGCUAUUCAUAAGCUGUACUGUGAAGAUGACCAUACCGCACUCUGUACCACCUGCUUAAUAUCCUCAGAACACGAAGCUCAUCGUGUGUAUCCCAUUGAAGAGUCUUUUGAGACCUUCAAGGAACAGCUGCAGGAAGCCCUUGACUGUGGAUGGGACAAGAUGGAUGAGGUUGAGAAAUUGCUGAAACAGGAGAGAGGGAGGCGGCGGAUAUGCAAAAUGGAGGCCAAGAUGCUGAAGUGGGUCAUCCUGCCAGAAUACAUUAAGACCCACCCUGACUGGACAGAGGAGGAACAACAAAAUCUUCUGGAGGAGCAAAGGAUAAGAAAUAUGAAUAGAUUAAACACCAGCAGGGCCAGAAUGUCCUGCUGCUUCCAUAGCCUCAGGAGGAUUAUAGAAGAGCUGGAGAACACUUUGGAGGAGCCAUUCAUGGAGAUGUUCAUGGGAGGGAGGAGGACUUUGAAACGGAGUCAGGACCUGCUGCUUUGUAAUACAGAGCCUGCUGCCAUAGGUUGGACUGUGUGUGGAACCACUGGAAUGAGGGAACUACUACUAGCCUUCCAAAGCCAUAUCAGUUUGGAUCCAGGCACAGCCCAUUCCAAUCUCAUAGUCUCUGAAGAUCUGAAGAGAGUGAGCCUUGUCAGCAACGGGCAGGACCCACAAGGAAGGCCGGAGCACCUUUUUUCCGUGCUGGGUGCUCAGAGCUUCACCUCGGGGAGCCAUUAUUGGGAGGUGGAGGUAGGAAGUGAGAUGGAGUGGGAUGUGGGCAUCUGUAUGGGGCCAGGAAAUGACCAGGGCAAAAUCGAAGGGGCCUCGCGCUCUCUCAAGCACCUCAACAGGGGAGACCAAUUCGAACUGUUGGUCUCUCACACCUUGCAAAACCCUGAGGAAGCAGGACCUCUGCACAGGCUGGGCAUUUUCCUUCACUACGAAGGGGGACACCUGUCAUUUUAUAAUGUGACACAGGGCUGCCUGAUCUAUGACUCUCCCCCUUUACCCUUCCAAGGUCCUCUCAGGCCUUUCUUCUCUCUUGGCCUUCUACCAGAAGAGAGCCAGACCAGCACUCUUGGCCUUCUACCAGAAGAGAGCCAGACCAGCACUCUCGCCAUCUGUCCACUGAGCCCUCAGUGCUGA